GACCAAGGCGAGGGUGUGUUACUUCGGUCCCCCACCGGAACCUGAUCCUGAUAAUCCGGAUGACUGGAUGAAGCAAGUCAUGCAAGAGAUACGGGAGCGUUGCCCGGGAACGAAGAAACACACCUCAGUUAGUAAGUCGCCCAAAGAUUUAUGUUGCAAUAUAGACGAGUGCUCGAGCCCAGAGCCCCUCGGACUUGAAAACGGUACCGUCACUGAUGACCACAUCACAUCGUCAAGCCAUCAAAGCAAUUUUCCAGCCAGGAAGGGACGGCUGAACGAUAACGGUGCAUGGAUGGCCCAAUGGGAAGAUACAAAUCCUUGGAUCGAGGUGGACCUCAUUGACAGCACAGUGGUGUGUGGGGUCAUCACGCAAGGCUACUCCAAGUACACUGACUAUGUGACGCACUACCAGGUUGCGUAUCAGAAGCAGCCUUCAUCUGUCCGUGAACACGUGAAAGAUGGAAACGGAGACAUCAAGGUAUUCAUUGGUAACACUAACGCUACUGGCAACACCCCAGUAACUAACCUGUUUGAUGAGAGUGUGGUGGCGACGGUAGUGCGCAUCAAGCCUACAGACUGGGAAACUGUUGCUGCUUUGCGAUUGGAGUUGCUUGGUUGUCGUCUAAAUUCAUUCACUUGUAGCAUUUAA